UAUGAAUCAGUUUCCAUGGAUAGUGGUUACACGAAAUAUAUGAUGCUUAAGAUACGAAACGUACGCCCUGAAGAUUUUGGUUCCUACAAAUGUGUUGCAAAAAACUCAUUGGGUGACACAGAUGGUGUAAUUAAAUUAGAAGAAAUACCAGCACCAACAUCAUUAACAACUACAACCGAAAUAACAUCACUCGUUCAAAAUAGAAGAGAAGGCGAUAAUCACAUAAGAUUUAAAGAUAACGAUUAUACACUAAGCCCAACACCAAUACAACCUCCCGCGGGAUCUAUCUCUGGAGCCUCUACACCUGCUGCCUCAUUAUAUCUUCAAAAUCAUCAUCAACAAACAACAGCAACAAUCAAAUAUAUUCAUCAUUGUAUUGCAACCAUAGCAUCGUUGAUUACUUGGAUUCUGCUAGAUAUUUUAUUCAGGCUGAAUCGAAUGUGGCCAAUAAAUUACUCUCUACAUAAUGCUUAAAAUUUGAAAUACCA